AUGCUAUCGCAAAAGAUAAGCUCUCACAAGCCGCCAGAGUAUAUCCUCGAGGUCUUCGCAGAUCCCACAUCUGUCAAGGAUAUUGUCAAAGGCAUCCUCCACACAAUCUUCUUCCACCGCUACUUCCCCUGCAUCCGCCCUACCUCCCUUGACGUGCUCAACCUCACCUUACCUGCCAUCAGCGACGUCGAGCUCGAAACCCUCAUCGACGCGCGCGUCAACGCCCUGGUGCGCCACCAUCUGUCCUCGUCGGCCAAUUCGCCGAAUGGCGGCGUGCGAGGGCGAAUUGCGGUGCAGUUCUUUGAGAAGCGAAGGCGGAAGGUGGCUGGUGGGUUUGGGGCGGGUCUUGUUGGGGGCGGCAGGUGGUUUGUAGGCGGGCUGGCGGGGAGAGGCGUGGGCGGCGUUGGAGGCGGCGGCGGCGGCGGCGGCGGCGGGGCUGGGACUGGGGAAGUGGGAGCAGGGGGAGUUGGUGGUGCUGCUACGGUUAUGAAUGAGGAGGAGGUGUGUUGGGAAGUGUGGACGGUUGAUGUUACGAUUGCGACGCCGCGGACGGAGUCGGAUCGCACCAAAGUCCGCAACGCCAUGGAAAAAAUGCUACAGAACGCCGCGUUUAAGAUCGUUUCUGUCGUCAACAAGGACAAGGAUCACAUCCCGCCCAUUACCACGAGCGAUGCCAAUCCAUUCCCAUAUCAGAUCGUCCUGAAUCCCAAGUUGGAUAAUUGGGGGAAUAAGUUCGGGCUAUAUUGA